AAACAUUACCACCUCCAGCAGUUGCUGUCACUUCUAUGAGAAAGAUCUGAGUUCCAACUUUGAAAAAUUCAGAUAAGGAUUGAGAUCAUGAGCCUCGAAAGGCACUGAGAAUUCUAUUUCAGAAUAGAGUCGCGGGCUUCACCACCCUUCACGCUGUCAGACUUUCUGCCGUGACGAGCAACUGCAGACUGGACGGAGCAAUCAGAGGUGGCCAAUCGUCAGCACUCAUAAACUUUGUACUAAUUUUGGGUACAUGACUUUUUACUUUCAUUUAAAAAGUCAUACGUCCAAUUAGUCUUCAUGUUCUUCCAAUCGAUCUCUUCUAAGUUCAUUGGAAGGUUGUCAAAUUGCGAUAGAAAGAAGGUACGCCGAGCUUGACAAACGGGAUGAAGGGAUGAAAUCUGCAACGUGGGUUUUGCUGUAUGUCAGAAACUUUGCUGUCCUGCGUGCAACCCGGUAGAUGUGUCGGAAGGAUUGCAGGGACUCAUUGUGGAUGGUAUGUACAAAGCGGGUCACACGUUGCCAUACCGCAGUAGAAUAAAUGAAGUAAGGACGAACACAGGCAGACCACAGUAAGCACAACCUUGGAGCAUCAUGAACGCGACGAAUUUGAACUCAAGGAUGAUAUAUGUGGUUGGGUGUGUGGAACAAUCCGGCACGUUGUUUGAAGCCCGAGUCGAUUGCACCCACUUCUUGAGAUUUCAAAAAGUUGGUCAGGGAGUUCUUGAUUACACCGCGAUUCGCCAACCAGUUCAUGUCCAAUGCAAAGUCAGUUCUUGAAGAAAGCCAGUCAGUGCUUGUACCAUGUCCAGAUAAGUCUGUACCAUCGAACGGAAUGUCCAAGAACUUGUUGGACAGGUCCAGAAUAUUGUCCAACAAAGCUUGCUUCAAGGUGCUCUUCCUUUCUGCGCGUCCUGUUUCUAAGAAUAAACAACCAGAAAUUGCAGCUUUUUCUGUGAACCGGCCCAGUCUGCAUGGAAGUAGGUUCUCAAGUCUUCUUAAUUUCCACUCAACGUGGUACAAAGUUUCAUUGGCACUGCUUGAUUGAGUACUUCGGUAUCCUUUUGACCUAUUGCUAUUGAGUCCACGCAGUAUGAGCGGAGAUUUCAAAAACAGUAGAUACUACAAGAAAACAAUAUCAGGACGAGAUCAUCCACAAAUUCAUGCCUUUGGCAGACGGAUUGUACAGAAUGUUUACG